AUGCCGGAGACGCGGGAGUCUGCGGGACACCAUGCUUGGCAGUUACGUUACACUUACCCUGAGAAAUCGUCGGCGAUGACGACGAAACGCCGGUCAAUGGUCAGCCGCGGUGGCGUUGACGGUGCGGCGAUCGCGUCCCAUAUCGUCGGCGCCGGUGGGUAUGGCUCGGCGGGCACACAGCUCUCUGAACGGGUUAUGGCCGGAACGCGAGACAAGACGCUAGUGUCCAGUCGGCGAUAA